UAAUGGUUAAUGCUGAACGCAUGCAUGUAAUAAUGCUUUCUAAGAAGCUGUUGGUUCUAUUAGUGGUUCUCUCAGUUUCAUCGUCAUUGACUUCAGCAUCUUUGACUGUGGGCUUCUAUAAAAGAACAUGUCCACAUGCUGAGGCAAUUGUGAGAAGCGCUGUGAACAAAGCCAUUUCCCUUAACGAAGGAAUUGCUCCUGCCUUGAUUAGAAUGCACUUUCAUGAUUGCUUUGUCAGGGGUUGUGAUGGUUCUGUAUUACUAGAAUCCACUCCUGGAAACCCAGCUGAGAGAGACCACCCAGCCAACAACCCAAGUCUACGUGGCUUCCACGUCAUCGAAGAAGCUAAGGCCCAAAUAGAGUCCCUGUGCCCUGAAACGGUGUCGUGCGCAGAUAUUCUUGCCUUCGCCGCACGCGACAGCGCUUACAAAUCCGGCGGCAUUAACUACGCCGUACCGGCAGGCCGCAGAGACGGUCGAGUCUCCAUCAGCCAAGAAGUAACAGAAAACUUGCCUGCACCAACCUUCAACGCCGACCAACUCAUAACCAACUUCGCAAGAAAAGGCUUGUCCGCUGAUGAACUCGUUACUCUCUCUGGAGCGCAUUCCAUUGGUGUAUCUCAUUGUUCUUCAUUCUCGAACCGCUUAUAUACACCCUUGCCUCAAGACCCUCCUAUGGACUCCCAGUUCUCCUCAUUGUUGAAAACCAAGUGUCCUUCUAACGUUAAUGGCGAUGGUGGAUUUGAUCCGACGGUGGUGAUUGACGCAUUUACGCCAAAGCGGUUGGACAAUAAGUACUAUAAGGGAUUGAUGAAGCAGCGUGGGUUGUUGAGUUCGGAUCAAGCGUUGUUGAGCAGUGAAUCAACUAGCGAAAUGGUGGUAAGCAAUGCUAAACAUGGUUUGCAUUGGUCAGUGAAGUUUGCAAAGGCUAUGGUGCGAAUGGGGUCUAUUGAUGUGCUUACAGGCGAACAAGGCGAGAUUAGGAGACACUGUAGCGUGGUUAACUAAUUACACACAGUUGGCACCGUUUCUUUUAAGCUGAAAACUCACCUACACGUGAAGAUGGUAAUUAACAAUAUUAAAUAAUUUCAUAUAUAUAUUUUUUUAAU